CUGGUAGCGGCCAUGCCGGCGCCCUUCGCCCAAGCGCCAGAGGGGCGCCUGCGCCUGAGGCCGCCGGCGAGGCUCAAUUCCUCUCUAGGCACCUUCGACGCCACGGGGAUCGGCCCAUCCUGCCCGCAGAUGUUCUUCUCGACGGAGGGAAACCUCAUCACCUCCCUCCUGGGCAAUUUGAUCAACACACCGCUGUUCCAGAAAGCCACGGGUCAGACAGAGGACUGCUUGACGGUACGGGUCCAUCGGCCGGCGGAUACCAAGGCAAACGCGAAACUCCCCGUCCUCUUCUGGAUAUUCGGGGGUGGCUUCGAGCUCGGCAGCACGCAGAUGUACGACGGCUCGGGCCUGGUCUCUACCGGCGUAGACCAAAAGAAACCGUUCAUCUUCGUGUCCGUAAAUUACCGCAUGGGCGGUUUCGGAUUCUUGGCCGGCAAGGAAGUCCUAGCGGACGGCGCGUCGAACCUAGGACUCUUGGACCAGCGAAUGGGCCUCGAGUGGGUACAAGACAACAUUGCGGCCUUCGGAGGCGACCCGGAGAAGGUGACAAUCUGGGGAGAGUCGGCCGGUGCGAUAUCCGUCUUCGACCAGAUGGCGCUCUACGACGGUGAUAACACGUAUAACGGCAAGAAGCUCUUCCGCGGCGCCAUAAUGAACAGCGGCAGCAUGAUCCCGACCGACCCUGUGGACUGUGACCGGGCUCAGGACAUCUACAACACGGUAGUUAGAGAGGCGGGGUGCGCCUCUUCCCGCGACACGCUCAACUGUCUCCGCGGCGUCGACUACGACACGUUCCUGAACGCGGCCAAUAGCGUGCCCGGGAUCCUGAGCUACAGCUCGAUCGCGCUGUCGUACCUACCGCGACAGGACGGUGUGGUGCUGACGGACAGCCCCACCACCCUCGCCGCGGCCGGGAAGUACGCGGCCGUGCCGAUGAUCAUCGGGGAUCAAGAGGACGAAGGGACGCUGUUCGCCCUGUUCCAGCCCAACAUCACCAGCCGGGACAGGUUAGUCGACUACCUCUGGAAGGUGGUGUUCCCCGACCUCCAGCGGCAGCAAAUCUCGGACCUGGUCGACACGUACGACUCGUCGAUCCUGGCCGGCAGCCCGUUCAACACGGGGAUCCUGAACAACAUCUACCCGGAGUUCAAGCGGCUCUCGGCGAUCCUGGGCGACAUCGUGUUCACGCUGACGCGGCGCAUCUUCCUGGAGGCGACGGUGGCGGCGCACCCGGACGUGCCGUCGUGGUCGUACCUCGCGUCGUACAACCGCGGCACGCCGAUCCUGGGCACGUUCCACGCGUCCGACAUCCUGCAGGUGUUCUACGGGCUCCUGCCCAACUACGCCAGCCGGUCGAUCCAGAGCUACUACAUCUCGUUCGUGCACACGCUCGACCCCAACGGCGGGACCAGCUCCGAGUACCCCCUCUGGCCGCAGUGGAAGGAGAAGAAGGAGCUCGUGCAGUUCUGGAACAACAAGAGCAACCUGCUCAAGGACGACUUCCGGAGCAAGAGUGAGAAGUGGAUCAGCGCGAACGUGGAUAUACUUAAGAUCUAGCGAUUGAUUAUGACGGGACGGCGGCGGCGGUGAUGACGAUAAUGAGCUUGCAUUUCCGAGGGAUCUCUGGAUAUCGACUGGGUACACGCAUACGCAUCGGCGGGUUUUUCGGGGGGGCGGCGGCGAUCCGGAACGGCGCGAAUUGGAGGAUAGGUUAUCUGGACAUGAGCCUGCGGCGGCAGAGAACGACGGAGGUGAGGUCAGCUGAGGAACGGAGCUGACUCGGGAGGGAGGGGAGGAGGCUGUCUUAAGGGGCGAAUCACGGCAGAAGUCAUCCGAGAAGCGAGAGACAGCCGAGAGACAGCCACAUGCAGGUAACAUGCCGACAUGCAACUCAUAUAAAGAAAUAAAUACCUACAGAUAAUGUAAGGAUGCCCGCCUCAAUCUGUUUAUUAUGUAGGUAGAGGCGUGUGUGCGUGUGCAUGUGCAUGUGCAGGCGCAGGCGCAUGUGAAAGUCGACGGAGAAUACUUAAGCGGUACCUGUUACGGUGUACCUGAUAUAGGCAGGUACCUACCUAGGUAUAUAUAUAUAGAUAUACAC